AUGUUCGUGAAAAUUGUUGAGAGCCUAUUCUUAAGUGAUUUUGUAACGGUUAAUGCAGCUAAAACUUUGCCGCAUUUUGAGCGAUUUAACAUAACGGAUGUGCUUACGGUUUCGACGUAUCGGAUCCAUGCGAAUUCUCGACUUCCUCAUGUUAACUAUCAUUACCAAAUGAUUUAUGACACGUUAACGCAGCGACUGCUUACCAAUCAGUUGCUAGAACGUUGCCUAACGACAAUUGAGAAAAGUAUUGCUAAUGGUGGAAAUAUUGUUGUGCAUUGUGAGGCAGGAAUUUCACGAUCGGUUACAAUUAUUAUGGCUUAUUUGAUGAAAACUUAUGAAUGGACCGUUGAAGAAGCUUUCAAAUACGUUGUGAAACUCCGACCAGUUGCACAGUAA